AUGUCCCAAAAUACCAAUCAUACUAUUAGUGGUCGGAUGAUAUUGCAUCAAUCCCAAAAACAACAAAAGUCCAAUCCCUACUUCAAAGACACCCGAGUCGACUCCUGCUCCUACAUCCACAUGAAAAAAGGCAACCCCUACGUAUGAGUCCCAUUAAUCCAUAGGCAGUCCCAUUCUAUGAACUUGCAAAUAAGGGGCAAAUUGAUCAUCAGAAUAAAUCUGUCUAUGUUACAUCAACCUAUUGCGAUGAUUAUCGACCAAAACUCAAUUUACAUGUUGGAUCUGAAAAGAAAACCUUGCAGCCCUACACCAUGGGUUCCUUUAGGUCUCGAUUGCCAGAACCUGAAGCACCCAUUUUGACCAAAAAUGCAUCACAAAUCGAAAUUGGAGAUAGACAGUAUAUUACUCAUAAAUUAAAUUGAAGUUUUAAUGUAAAACGGCAUUUCCUCAGUACUGCUCAUAAUGUUUAUGGCAAUUUUGGGAAGUUUGGCAAUGUGUCUAACCCUGGAAUUCUUGCUGAAAAAACUAAGUGGCAUCAUCAUUUAUAAUAAUUAUGA